GAUCAGAAAAACAAACCGCGCAUCAGAAUAGGUAACAAACGUAGCUAGAAACUUAGGUAGAAAAAUUCUUUUGACUUGACUUCAAGUCAAAAGUUCAGUUAUGAAGCAAACAAGAUUUGAUUUAAUUUUUAUUAAAGUGUAAAUGUUAGCUUUUAAUUAAUUUAAAAGUAAUUCAAACUAAUAGGAGUGUUCAGAUACUUCAGCAGUUAUUUGAAUAAGAUAUGAUUCACGUUGAAGUUAUUACUUGACGAACUGUGAACACAUGUUAACGGUCUGGGAAUUAGAAGGAUGAGUUCAACGACGUAUAGAAAUUAUAAAACAGAGGAGGAGGUCAGGGAAGAUGGGGUGGAGUGGCAAGACUCGGCGUCACAAUGUACUAAAAAUAACCACCACCUGUACACAACAGUGGCGGAGUUCGAGUCCCACCUUGACCCUCAUUACCGCAGCAAUCACAAGAUCCCGCGACUCAUCCGCCACACGGCUCUGCUCGUGGUGAUGAUUCGAACCCCGUGCCUAGGUCCGAACGGUGCAUUAAGUUUCCGCUAUGGCAGCGGGAUCAUUCAGAGGGUCAGGAUAGAGAAGCGUCAAGAAUGCCCAGUCAAAAAUUGUAAGACAUGUUCGAGGAAUCGAGAGUACGGAAUCAUAACCGUGACGACAGUUCUUCAUGUUAUUACGUCACAAAGUGACGCAGAAAAGACUACAGCACUGUUGGACUUUGAUGACGAAAACGCAAAGGGUAGACACCUGCAAGGUUUUAAGCUGCAGGAGACAGAGAAGGAUGCGGGUGAGUUGGACUGGUGUGCGGUAGAGUUUUACACCCAUGACUUGGUGCUGGUGAGCGAGCUAAAGACAAAACUGGCGGAUUAUCACAAGCUUCAAGCUGAAGUUUACUCAGAGUUUAAAGACAAGGCCAACGGUUUAGUCAUCGUUGUUGGUCAUCCGCAUGGCGGUCCGAAAAAAAUUAGUUUCGGCGAAGUCGGGAAGGAGAAAGGGAAGGAGAUUAAGAAAGACGUGAGAGAGCAACAGGAAUGGUGCCAGUACAGGUACUCUACGGCCACCUGCCCAGGUAGCAGCGGGUCCACUGUGUACAUCCUGGGUCAGCCGUUGUGUGGGUACGGGUACUGGUUUGGUCAUGGGCACAACCACAGCGCUUUUGUGGAGGACGCGAGGUGUGGGAGUAGCUCAGUGGGGGUGGAUAAUGUGGUUAGGUAGGCGGGUGUAGAAGGGAGACAAUUAUAGGUUGAUGACUAAAGGGAGAGAAUUUUAGGCCAGUAACAGAAGGGAGACAAUGUUAGGCCGGUAAAAGAAGGGUGACAAUUAGUAAGCAAAAAAAUAUAUCGGAACGACUUUAAAACUAGAUUGACGAUUUUUUUAAAGCACUAACAUAUAACACUGAGAAGUAUAAAACUAAAAAUAACAUUAAAUGCUACUCUUAAACAGGGGCGACAACCAAACAGGUUUGUGAAUAAACUAAGCGACAACUAAAUAAUUAUACAACGUGAUUAUAAGUUUUUUUAC